GUUGUUUCCAGUGUAAACCCUCGCUUUGGUUACAAACCCUGCCUCCCUCCCCCCCCCCUCCCUCCCUCCGGAGGCUGUGUAUCUGUCUCACAUUCACAUCCCAGCCUGUCACUAGCACAUCCGAAGGCGAGCAUGGCGCAAAGGGGGCCACUCGUGUCUGCAACGAGGACCCUCCCCAGGACAGCCCCCAGCCUGGCGCUGCUGCUGCUGCUGCUCGGUGCCUGCUGGGCUGCGCGCCCCUCGGAGCGGUGGGGCGGCCGGAGCUCCAGCUGGGUGACCCGGGCAAGCAGGAACCCGCGGGAGCUGCUGUUCCGCCCCGGCGGCGGCGGCGGCGGCGGCGGCCGGGAGGAGGCGAGUGCGCUGGGGCGCGCUGGCCAAGGCGUGGGGGCUGCUGCGGGGAGUCGCUCCAGGAGAGCAUCCUCCACCUCCUCUCGCCCGGCCAGGGAGCAGGUCUCUCUGAUCAGCACCUCCUUCGUGCUCAAGGGGGACGCGUCGCACAACCAGGCGAUGGUGCACUGGACGGGCGAGAACAGCAGUGUGAUUCUGAUCCUUACCAAGUAUUACCAUACUGACAUGGGGAAGGUGCUGGAGAGCUCUUUGUGGAGGUCAUCGGAUUUUGGGACAUUAUAUACAAAGCUGAAUCUGCAGCCCGGGAUUACGACAGUCAUUGACAAUUUCUACAUUUGUCCCACCAACAAAAAAAAGAUAAUUCUUGUGAGUUCUUCACAUAAUGACCGGGACCAGAUCCUUUUCAUGAGCAUGGAUGAAGGAGCCACUUUUCAAAAGCAGCCCAUUACCUUCUUUGUGGAAACCCUGAUUUUUCACCCAAAAGAUGAGGAUAAGGUGAUUGCUUACACCAAGGAAGGCAAGCUCUAUGUGUCAGUUGACUUGGGGAAAAAAUGGACUCUUCUGCAGGAACGAGUGUCAAAAGACCAUAUUUUUUGGGCCGUUGCCGGAGUUGACAGAGACCCUGAUUUGGUUCAUAUGGAAAUCCACGACCCCAGUGGAGGUUAUCGCUACAUCACCUGUCAGAUUCUGAAUUGCUCUGAUAAAACACCGACAGUCCAGUUUGCUGGCAGCAUCGACCAGGAUUCCUUGACUGUACAGGAUGACUACAUAUUCCUCCAGACAACAUCAGCAAAUCGGACUAAAUAUUAUGUCUCUUACCGUCGAAAUGACUUCAUACAGAUGAAGCUACCAAAAUAUGCAUUGCCAAAGGAUUUACAGAUUAUCAGUACGGAUGAAAACCAAAUAUUUGUGGCUGUUCAAGAAUGGUACCAGACAGACACGUAUAACCUGUACCAGUCUGACCCACAGGGUGUAUACUACUCCAUUUUACUAGAGAACGUCAGGAGCACUAAGCAGCCAGAAGAGAAUGUGCUGAUAGAUAUUCUGGAGGUCAGAGGCGUUAAAGGAGUCUUUUUGGCCAAUCAAAAAAUCGAUGGGAAAGUUACAACUCUAAUAACCUACAACAAAGGCCGUGACUGGGACUAUCUGACCCCUCCAAUCUCUGAUAUGAAUGGUAAACCAACUAACUGCAAACAUCCUGAUUGCCAUCUUCAUCUCCAUCUCCGCUGGGCAGACAAUCCAUAUGUGUCAGGAACAGUCCAUACCAAGGACACUGCACCUGGGCUCAUAAUGGGCGCAGGUAAUCUGGGCUCCCAGCUGGUUGAGUAUAAAGAAGAAAUGUACAUAACAUCUGAUUGUGGGAAUACCUGGCGGCAGGUCUUUGAAGAAGAACAUCACAUCUUGUAUCUGGACCAUGGUGGAGUCAUUGUGGCCAUCAAAGACACUUCUAUCCCUCUGAAAAUACUCAAGUUCAGCAUAGAUGAAGGUCAGACAUGGAGUACACAUAAUUUCACCAGUACAUCAGUUUUCGUAGAUGGGCUACUCAGUGAACCUGGAGACGAGACGUUAGUCAUGACAGUCUUUGGACACAUCAGUUAUCGUUCAGACUGGGAGCUGGUGAAAGUAGACUUCAGACCAUCUUUCCCCAGGGAGUGCACUGAAGAUGACUAUGAAUCUUGGGACCUCACAGAUCUACAGGGUGAUCGCUGCAUCAUGGGUCAGCAGAGAAGUUUUCGGAAGAGGAAGAUUUCAUCAUGGUGCAUUAAAGGGAGGAGUUUCACAUCUGCUCUCACAUCCAAAGUUUGCGAGUGUGCAAACUCUGAUUUCUUAUGUGAUUAUGGAUUUGAACGUUCAGCACCUCUGAAAUCAGAAUCCAUCAAGUGCUUUGCUAACUUUUGGUUUAACCCAGCAUCACCCCCUGAAGAUUGUGCAUUAGGGCAGGCCUAUGCAAGCAGCACAGGGUACAGGAAAGUGGUGUCUAAUGUAUGUGAAGGUGGUGUCGACUUGCAGCAGAAUCUAGCCCAGCAUAUGUGUCCACUGAUUGCUCCCAAAAGACUGCAGAUCAUCAUCAAAGGAGAGAGCCUGGCUUUUAAACCUGGAGAAGACAUCACCUUUGUAGUCAUGCAAGAGCAGGGAGAUAUUCUAAACACCAAGUACCAGGUGGACCUUGGAGAUGGCUUUAAGGCAAUAUAUGUGAACCUCACAAUGACAGGGGAACCCAUUCAGCACCGUUAUGAGAACCCUGGGAUUUACCGUAUCUCAGUCAGGGCUGAGAAUGUUGCCGGGCAUGAGGAGGCAGUGGUGUUUGUUCAAGUUAAUUCUCCACUGCAGGCUUUACAUCUAGAAGUGGUUCCAGUCAUUGGAAGAAACCAGGAGAUGAAUUUGACAGCCAUCGUAUUGCCCAAGAACCCUAACUUGACAGUCUUCUACUGGUGGAUAGGAAACAAUCUUCAGCCACUUCUCACUUUGGACAGUUUUUUGGUGACAAGAUUUGCUGAGAUAGGUGAGGUGAGAGUUACAGUGCAGGCCUCCUGUGGGAACUCCAUGCUGCAGGAUUCCAAGAUUGUCCGAGUUUUUGAUCAUUUUCAAGUCCUUUCUCUAAAGUUUACUAAACAUCUGGACAUGUACAACCCCAACAUACCAGAGUGGAGGGAAGACAUAGGCCUGGUAGUAACACGACUUCUUGCAAAGGAAACUAAUAUCCCUGAAGAAACACUGGUGACUGUGGUGAAACCUGGUCUGCCCACAACUGCUGAUUUGCUUGUGCUGCUUCCAGCAAACCAGCCAAAGCGGAAGAGAAGUGUAACUAGUGAUAAGAGAAUAGCUGCUAUAAAGCAGGCCUUGAAUGCACAUAACAUCAGCUUUUUCCUGAGAGAAGGAUACUGGGUCUUAGUGAUGUUAGCCAGCUCUGAUUCAGACUCUCAGAGAACUGGAGGAGGCAGUGGAUACUGGGCUAUAGUGGUUCUCUUUGUUAUCUGUCUAGUUGUAGUUGGAGCCUUCAUUCUCUACAAGUUUAAAAGGAAACUGCCAGGCAGAAAUGUCUAUGCCCAGAUGCACAACGAAAAAGAACAGGAGAUGACAAGCCCUGUUAAUCACAGUGAGGACACUCAGAACAUCAUCCAGGGUGAGGAGUUUAUUGAUGAUGAUCUGGAUUCUCAAACGCUAGGUAACGCAAGAGGCAAUCACUCAGGCGUGGUUUUGAGCAUUAACUCCAGAGAGAUGCACAGUUACCUGGUUAGCUGAUGUUUACAGCUAAACACAAAAACCGAAAGACUCUUCUCUGUAUUGUUUAAUUUUUCCGUGGGGAUGUCACCAAAUGGCAAACAUGUCUGUACCUGCUGGAGGAAAGUAGGUUCUAAACAGUCUUGAAAUUAAAAGUGUCCAUCAUCUGUUACUGUAGAAUGGGAACUUGUUACAAUUCAAACUCAAACUAAGGUAGCAAAUUUGUAGCCCUAGGCACACUAGAUGCCACAUUUUCUCUGUUCUGUAUAUGUUCUAGUUCUUUAUGUUCAGUUUUAGAAGGAUUGGGCUGUAGUUCUUUUUAUUGGCUGAGGUGUUCAGUGGAAGACUGAAAUUCAACAGUCCUGAAGAGUUGACUUUAAAAACCAAUGACUAGAAAGUACAAAGCGGAUGGCUGGUUGAUCGUUCCAAAUUUGUACUUGUUUAAAAGGCUGGGGCUACCUGUUCUGGUUCAGCGCUAAGAGACGAAUGAGCAAGGAGAUAAAUGUACUCCUUAGCUCCUCUUCAAUCCAAGUUCUUACCUUUAAAAUGUGUGAGACAAUCUAAGGAGCUUCAGCUCACUAUGUGAGUCCCUGCUAUAAAUGGAAUAAAUAAUGUGUUAAGCCUUUUUGCAAGUAAAAUGAGUCCUAAGAAACACCAAGCAACACUCCCUGACCCCACCCCACCCAAAAAACCCCACUAGCUUGGUGCUACUUCCAAACCAGGUGCUUUCACUUCUAGAGGCUGGUUGGUUUAAGUUGCUCUUCUGUCGUCUUCUAACUUGAGCACCUCCAUCAUGGCAGUUGCAAGACCAGUUAUUGAAUAAUAAACAGUUUUGACUGCCUGUCCUUUUUUCUCUUUUUAAAAGUGUAAAUACCUCUUUUAAGUAGCUUUUUGUAUGUUUUUUUAAAAUUUCUAUUCUGAGGGCAGAGGCCUAAUAUAUGUAAGAAUUCUCCCCCAAUUAGGUCAGUACAGCACACCAGAACCUUUAGUCCUACAGAUACUUGGAGUUUCCCUUUGUGUUCAGUUCCUGCCUCUGAUGUAAGGAUGGGCAAACUAGCAGCUGAACUUCACCACCUUUGACGUGUUUGACAAUCAGGAAGGAUCGUAGCAGGGAACUGAUGCAAUUUAAGGGAUUGCACUUCAUCAGUUUCACCACCGGAUGUCACUCUUAUUCCCUCAUCACAGAGCUGGGCCAUAUUUCUGCAGGAAAGGGCAGUGAAACUGUCAAAGGAGCCAGAUUGGGAGAGGCAUGUGGAAGGGUCAGUUCAGAGUUUGCUUAUUCCCAUCUCUCUAUCCCCAGGGGUUGAGAGUCCUAAGGCAUCACUAAAUCCACAUCUUGCAGGUUGUUUGUAUGUGGGUUUUUGUAGGGAUUUGUGUAGGAAAUGAACCACAGCAUGGUUCAGCCAAAUGUUUGGCAUCCCAUGUAUCACAGCUGCCUGGAAUUAGGACACUCUCUCAGAAAACUAUUUAAUCUUUUCACCUUUUGCCUUCAACAGGGGAUGACUAGCUCUUUUUUACUCACUGAAUGGUGUACUAAUGCUUGUAGCUAAAUGUCCAUACCACCUUCCUUAAAGGGAUUAUAGUCAACUAUAUACUUGUGAAUGACCAAGCAGUCACGCCGGUGAGACAGAAUGGAACUAUCUAAAAAUUCUCCUAUGCAGUAGGUCGCUCUUCCAUGUAGCCAGAGAAUUAAUGAUAUCAUGGAAUAUGCUUUCUUCAGAAACAACAUGUUAGCAUGCCACCUCCUAUGUGGCAAUAUAAGCUCUCACAAAGCUCACAGAAUCUGUGUGUAAAGCACAAGAAAAUCUAGUUUAGGAACAAACAGUAUGAAAGUGGAUGGGAACGUGUAAGGUCUGAAUGCUUGAAAAGAGUGGCAAGUGCAUGCCAACUGCUCAGGAAAAGGUCUGUUUGUAACCAUCUCACAAAAAUUUCAUCUUGCAAAGCCCUACAGGGCCCUGCAAACUAACCCACAGAGAUACAGGAAAUAGUUGAGUUGACAAUGUUGUAUGCAGGACUAAGUAUAAUUCUGACAUAGUCAUAAGAACCAAAGACCAAAGGUCCAUCUAGCCCAGUAUUCUGUCUUCUGACAGAGGCCAAUGCCAGGUGCCCCAGGGAGAAUGAACAGAACAGGUAAUCAUCAAGUGAUCCAUUCCUUGUCCACCAUUCCCAGCUUCUGGCAAACAGAGGUUAGGGACACCAUCCCUGUCCAUACUGGCUAAUAGCUAUUGAUGGACCUAUCCUCCAAGAACGUAACAAAUUCUUUUUUUUAACUCUGUUAUAUUCUUGGCCUUCACAACAUCCUCCAUUCAUUCAUUAGUGUCUGAGUCCCGGAUUUUCUGAGGUGAAGUGCCAAUACAAAAUCAUUAGUGCUUUGGAAGCCUACAGGACUGUUGCACCAUGGGCUAGUCCUAUUCACCAGCUCCUUACUGGUUUUAGGGGAAAUGAACUAGAAACAAUACAGUGAAACAAUAUUGCAAACAACUUUUCCUGGGAAGUAAAUUCAAAUUAGGGCAGGAGAAUGGAGGAUUGAACUCUUAAAUAAUGUAAAGAAUUGAACUUCUAUAUUAGAGUCUUUUUGUUGGUCUGCUUGCAGGCUAAGGGAAUUAUAGGGACUAGUUCACAUACACUAAUUUUAUGCUUUGACAAUUAUUUUUAUACAUUUACAACAGUUUGAUUCAUGUUUCUGUUGGCAGGAAACUCCUGCUGCAAAGCAAAAUAUUUAACUGUUGUGCAAGACUCUACUAGUCAUUAUCAUUAAUACUUAGCACUUAUCUAUGAUGCUUGUAAUCUUCCCAGCAUUUUCCAACAUUAACUAAUUUAAUUCUUGAAACACACCUGUGAGGUUGGUAUAACAUGACUCACAAAUGUGGUGAGACACUGUUUUCUGAGGAGUUUUCAGUAUUAUCAUGUCUGUGUAAAUAAUAGCCAGUAGAUAAUAAAGCAAGCCUUUUGAGUUCCUGA